GUUUCAAUUUCGUACAAACGGCUGCAGCUUGAAACGCGUCCUUCCUGCAAUUUAGGAAGCGCCCUGAAACACUCAUCAAGCCUGUGCCUCUCUUGGAUGUCCCAACGCCGGCAAACCUCCAUCCCGCCAUUGGCAGCGAGCGGGUGAGAGGAACACAAGCCGCUGUGCACAUGAGCGUAACGCUUCGUUGGACACCAUCUUUAUUCGGUCAUUUGGACGUGAACCCUUAUCACCGCCGUGAGGCGCCUAAAAAAAACUUUGGCUCUCAGCCUUCAGUUUGACAUUUAGUCAUGGAUUGAAAACAAUGAGAUGCACUUCAGGUUAUUGUAACCGAGCCGGACAGGCGGAUACACGUCUCCAGAUCCUCGCUAAGCCCCAUCCAGCGCCGCCGUCAUGGGGGAAUGGAGCUUCCUCAGCGAGCUCUUCGACAGCCUCCGGGCCUACUCCACCAUGCUCGGCCGUUUCUGGCUCCUGGUCACCGUCAUCUUCCGGAUGCUGAUCCUGGGAACCGUGGCGAGCGACCUGUUUGAAGACGAGCAGGAGGAGUUCACCUGCAACACCCUGCAGCCGGGCUGCAAGCAGGUGUGCUACGACAUGGCCUUCCCCAUCUCCCAGUACAGGUUCUGGGUGUUCAACAUCGUCCUCAUCGCCACGCCAGCCCUGGUCUUCCUCGUGUACGCCGUGCAUCACCACAACAAGAGGGCCGACGGCGGCCAAAGCAGCGGCCGGGACGACCUGGCAGAUCUCCACUUGAGGAAGUUCUACGUCGUCAACGUGGUCUUUCGCAUACUGGCGGAGGUGGGCUUCCUCGUGUUCCAGUGGACGCUGUACGGCUUCACGGUGGAGGCCCACUUCCCCUGCAGCCGCUUCCCCUGCCCCCACGUGGUGGACUGCUUCACCUCCCGCCCCUCGGAGAAAACCGUGUUCCUCCGCUUCUACUUCGGGGUGGGGCUGGUGUCGGCGGCCUCCAGCUGCGCCGAGCUUUUCUACAGCUCCGUGAAGUGGUUCUGCUGCUCGAGGAGGCCGCUCUUCGCCCCGGACCGCCGCCACCACGACGACGACGACGAGGAGGCGGGGGGCGGCGGCGGCGGCGGGUCGGAGGAGAAACCGCGAGGGGGCGCGGGAAGGGGCGGUGGCGCGAGCCACAAGGGAGGAGCGCGAGCGGGAAGGUCUCCGUCCGCGAGCAGAGUGAGGAAGGGCGGGAAGUACGCGGCGGCGGGGCGCUCGUGGCGUGAGGCCGCCCUGCUUUCGAAGCAGGCAGCGGGCGCUCAGGGUCACAUGAGUGACUGAUCCCGCCGCGCUGCGGCAAAAGCAGUUCCCUCGGAGUUCAGGGGAGGAGAGGAGCGUUUUUUUUUCCCGCCGCGCGGCCAUGUGAUCAGGAAACGGGGACAGUGGGGGAGAGCGAUGGCGCCGAUAAGGCGGCUUGUUUAUUCGUUUAAUUAGUGAAGACCACAAUCAGCUCAGAGGGAGAAAAAGACUCACUCCGUCUUAAUGGAACGACGUUAAAUAAAUCUGUUUGCUAGCCAGUCGUUAGCUUAGCAUAGCACACGACUGGAACGUUAGCUGUGCUUUGACUGUCCAGAGUUAAGCAUAAAUGGAAAAAGACGCGUGUAUAUCUAACAUGCCAUUUCUUCUUGUGUACAUUUUGAAGAAUCAAAAUACUUUUUAUGACUAUUUUAAGGUUGGUAGUUGUAGCUUUUUGGGUUAAUGUUAUUUUACUGUACUUUAUUGUAUAUUUACUGUAUAGAUAUAAAACUGUCAUCUACUCUCAGCAAUAGAACACAACAUUUUCACACACGAUUUCCACAGUAUUAACAACAGAAAAGUAGGUUCAAUACUAAUGUAUUUUACCACUAAACUAAUUUUCAGGUUUCACGCUCACAUGUAUGAAUGGAUGAAAAACAGCACUUCAAAUAAAGCGUUAAAUGAUGUUUCAUUUUGA